AGUUUCUUGGCGCGCUGUACUCUGAGAGCCCCUUGCCCAGCCGACCCCAGGGCCGGCAUCUCUGCCUCUCCUCCCGCAUCCUUGAGACGGCGAGGUAGUAGCUGGGCGUGUCCGGGGGCCCUCCGAGGGCGCGGCGGCCCGCGCCCGCCACCCGGGAGCUGUCCCCUUCUUAACGCUUGCUUGCAGGCGGCCCCUUGGGCGCCAGCUCGGAGCUGGGGCAGGGGCUGGCGGUGGAGGAGGGGGCUGGCGGAGGAGAGCGGCGCGGGCCCAAGUUUAUGCUAAUCCGCGCAGAGCCCGCCUCCCGCCUCCCCUCUGCGGCCCCAGCCACGAGCAGCGCCGGCCACUCGGCGGGACGCAGCCACCGCUUAGCGCCGGGAAGCCGAGCGAGCGAGUUACGGGGGCCGCGAGUGGCCGUGGGAAGCCGGCCGGAGAGCGGAGGUGGCGGCGUGGCGGGCGGACACCCGCGGGGGCCACCGGCAGGGGCCAGGUGGAGCCGCGGUGGCCGCGAUGGGUCGCCGCCGCCUGCCGGUCUGGCUGUGCGCCGUCGCGGCGCUGCUCUCGGGGGCGCAGGGCAAGGGCACGCCGCUCCUCGCUCGGCCUGUGCCGCCCAGCGCCGCCCGCUACAGCCUCUACACGACGGGAUGGCGCCCCCGGCUGCGCCCGGGGCCGCACAAGGCCCUCUGUGCCUAUGUUGUGCACAGGAAUGUGACCUGCAUCCUACAGGAGGGAGCAGAGCGCUACAUAAAGGCUGAGUUCCGGCAGUGUGGAUGGGGGCCCAAGUGCCCUGGGACAGUCACGUACCGCACGGUGCUCAGACCCAAAUACAAGGUUGGCUACAAGACAGUGACAGAUCUCACCUGGCGCUGCUGCCCUGGCCUCACUGGAGAAAGCUGCCCCGAGCACCUCACGGAUCACGGGGCCGCCCCACCCCAGCUGAAUCUUGAACCCCAGAUUCCCUCAGGGCAGGUGGGCUCAGGUCCGAGGCCCCCUCCUUACAGCCAAGCGGCCCCCAGUCCCCAUGGAAGGAAAGGUCUAGGGCUGUUUGGUGAGCGCUUGGAACGCCUAGAAGGUGAUGUUCAGCGCCUGGCACAAGCAUAUAGUACCCUCAGUGGCCUGGUGGCCAGCCAUGAGGACCCCAACAAGCUAACUGGGGUCCCCAGGGCUCCUGCUGCCUCUGUGGGCUUUGCGGCCAUCCCUGAGGGGCAUGUGGAUCCAGGAGACAGAGCAAGAGGACCACUCACACCUCCCUUUGGUGAGAUCCUGAGCAAGGUAACAGAAGUGAGCAACACGCUGCGGAGCAAGGUGCAGCUGCUGAAUGAGGUGCACGGACUCGCCCUUGGCCACGAGGCCCACCUGCAGCAGCUGCGGGAAGCCCCGCCAUCCCCGCUGACCUCCUUGGCACUACUGGAGGAAUAUGUGGACCAGCGGCUGCAGCGACUCUGGGGGAGCCUGCUGGACGGCUUUGAGCAGAAGCUGCAAGGCAUCCAGAGUGAGUGCGACCUGCGGGUGCAGGAGGUGCGGCGACAGUGUGAGGAGGGCCAGGCGGCCAGCCUGCGGCUACACCAGAGCCUUGAUGGCCGGGAGCUGGCCCUGCGCCGGGAGCUGGCCCAGCUGGGCACUCAGCUGCAAGGCUUGAGUGUGGCUGGUGGGGGCAGUUGCUGCAGUCAGCUGGCCCUGAUCAGUGCCCGUGUGCAGAGCCUUGAGAAGAACCUGAAGGCCGUUGUAGAGGCCCACAAGGUCCCCAGUGCUCCAGCCAGGGAUCAGCUUGAACAUCUCUCUGCUGCCAUGCUUGACGGAGGCGUGGAUGGGCAGGGCUUAGAGACCUUGCUUGAGGGCCUAGAGACCCUCAAUGGGACAGAGAGUGGAGUGAGGAGCUGCUGUCUGAGGAUGGAGAUGGGGGGCUGGGGUGUAGGUGGCUUUGGGUCCAUGUUGGAAGAGCGUGUGCAAAACCUAGAGGAGCGCCUGGCAACAUUAAUCGGACAGCUAAACCACGACAGUGUCCCACUGGGCAGGUCUGUGCGGCCCCUCGUGCCUACAGAGCUGGCCGUGCUAGAACAACGACUGGUCUCCUUGGAGACCUCAUGCACCCCCAGUACCAUUUCAGCCACCCUGGACAACCUCGUGUCAGAGGUAAAGGCCUGGCAGAGCCGGAGCGAGGCCCUCCUACACCAGGUGGCCAGCCACACAGCUCUGCUACAGCAGCUCAAUGGCACGGUGGCUGAAGUCCAGGGGCAGCUGGCAGAAGGGACGGGCAGUUCACUCCAGGGUGAAAUCACUCUCCUGAAGGUCAACCUGAACUCAGUGAGCAAGUCGCUCACAGGCCUCAGUGACUCCGUCAGCCAGUACUCUGAUGCCUUCUUAGCUGCCAACACAUCCCUGGAUGAACGGGAACGCAAGGUGGAGGCUGAAGUCCACAGCAUCCAGGAGCAGGUCAGCAGCCAGGGCUCAAGGCUCCAGGCUGGCCACAGGCAGGUCCUGAACCUGCGGGGGGAGCUGGCACAUCUCAAGGCUGGUAUGGCCAAUGUGGCCAGGGGGCUGAGCCGCUGCCAGGACACAGCCCAGGAACUCCAGCGUGCUGUGGGCCACUUCGAUCAGCGGGUAGCACAAGUGGAGGGUGUAUGUAGGAGGCUCAGCCUGCUGGCUGCCAGCCUGGACAGCUUGCCCACCGAGCCGCUUAGGUUGAAGGAGGGCCUGUGGGGCCACAUGGACCAGCUGAAUCGCACGCUAGCCCAGCACACAGAGGAUAUCGCCCGCCUCCGAGAUGACCUGCUGGACUGCCGGGCCCAGUUGGCUGAGCAGGCAAGGCUAGGGCGAGCCGGCUAAGCAGGCUGGAGAGGAUCCCAGUCCCAGAUCACCUCAACCCUGGGGACAUCAUCCCAGAGCCCAAUCUUACCCAGUUGCACAUCCCAGCCUCCCUGGACCAACCCAGUUGCCACUUUAGAGGCCACUGGACCAAUGGUUGUAGUCCAGCUUUGUAUGACUGUCCUGGUCAUCAGAGCAGCACAAACUAGACAAUGCAGGAUAGCAAUCGAGGCGAGGAUGUCAUGCGUGAAAGCUAGGAUGGACUUCAGAGAACACACAUUCCAUGGUCUGCAACUUGCUUUUUUAGACACAUGAGUUAGCAAUUGCGUAAGUCCUCCAUGCCGGUUGUCAGACAGGAGCCUGUCCACAGCUCCCUUUGCACUACAAGGGGUUGUGUCAGCCCUUGGAGAGUUCUGUUGCCUUGUCUCUUGGCUUCUACCCAUAGCCAUCUGGAUGAGGGUUCUUUUUUUUUUUUUUUUUUUGGAUGAGGGUUCUGCAGGAAAGUGAUCCCCACUGGAACUAUCCUCACACCCGGCAGCUUCAUGGAUGCCAUUUCUGAACCAAGGACCAGAAGCCACUAGAGGUUUUCAGCUCCCCACACAUCCUUCAGAGCUAAAUGGAAGCACAGAGACCCAAAUGAGAGUUUUCUUUAUGUUUUUGCUCCUCCCUUAAGGUGAGGGUUCAGGCAGCUGUAGAUUUUUAGCAAAGAGUUAGAUCUAGACAAUCUGGAGACCCCAGUUUAUUUUUUUCCUUUCCCAAAGACAUUUUCAGGGCACCGGUCCUCUUCUUCCUAGUUGGGGAAAAAAUCACUUCUGUUUCCCCAGGUCAGUACCUCUGUCCUAAGUGUAGCCUAAAAGAAGCCAGACCCUGAGAAAGCCAUAGCUGGAGAAAAAGGGGCCAGGCCUUGCUUUUAACACCCUUACAAAACCCCAGUCCUGCCAAGAUGAUCACAAAGUGGUAAGAAAUUCAGGUAUGAAACCACCAAGGCACAAAUGGAAAAAUGCAAGUGUUCCUGAGGCCCGUGCAGUUCCCACCUGUACUGAGGCUGUCAGCCCUGGUUUCCCUCACAGUCGCUUGGGCCUCCUGUGUCCUUGGCAGGACCCCACAGCCCUGCCUUCUGGUUUCUGAACAUUUGGUGCUAUGCCCUCCACUCUGGUGCUGUGGGAGGAGGGCAGGAUCUGGAUUAAAGCUUUCAGCCAGUC